ACUUUUAUUUGCUUCUAGUGCGAUUACCAUUUAGCCCCGGGAAAAAAUUACUAAAUUAAUAAAAAUUAUAAACAAAAAAUAAAUAAAUAAUAAACCCAACAAAAGAAUACUAAUUAUUGAAUAGUCGUGCAGUAAAUCAAAUAAAAUUCCAAUCCAAAAUCCUUGAAAUAACACUCGAAAAAUUUAAAAUCUUUCUUAUGCCACCUUUAAAAAAUUCUGCUGCGACAUAGUUUUUUUUUUGUCGGUUUGUCCUAGUUACAGAUUAAUUGUCCCAUUGUUCCAAGUGCAUUCAUCUCACAAAGGAAAAAAAAGGAAAAAUUAAUUUCAUUCAUAAACUUAAAUGUAUGGGUUGCCGUUUAACAAAAGAUGAAACUAAAACUAAUUGUACAUCAAACACUUCUGAAACCACCACGCCAGCUCCUACAAUGCCGUUGCAGUCAAAAAGUGAAUACAAAUCUCGCCUUGAGCGUAAAAUGUGCCUGGCAAAAGAAACCCCCGAAGCGGAUUUCGAUUUGUCCGAUUGCAAUUUGAAGGAAAUUCCCGCAGGUGUGUUUAUUUACUGUCGAGUUCUGCGCAAGGAAAUAUUAAAUUUAUGCAACAAUCAAUUGACAACAAUAACAAACUGCAAUAAUAACAGCAUUGGUCUGCUGAGCGAUUUGCAACUGCUUCGUAUACUCAAUUUGAAAUUUAAUCGAAUCAAACAACUGCCAGAUGAAAUUUACAAAUUAGAAAACCUCAGGGAACUUUUAAUAUCAAACAAUCAGCUUGUUAAACUACCGCAAUCUAUAAAUAGUCUCAGAUACCUUGAACAUCUCGAUGUAUCGAACAAUAAUUUACAAUCAAUUAGUGAGCUCAGCUGUAUGCCUAAUUUGCAAAUAUUAAAUAUAAGCGGAAAUAUUAGCUUACGUCAGCUCCCAACUACACUGGCAACUUGUGAUAAACUAUGUGAUUUGAUAUUGGACCAGCAAACUAUAGAAUGGCCUUCGUUGGAUGUUAUUUCAGGUGGGACAGAGAAUAUAAUGCGUUUCUUAGCAACGGGCGAACAUUCGACCGAAGUUCCAGAUGGAAAAUCGAACCGUGAAAAGAAGCCAGAAGAUGCCUUAAUAUCUCAAUUCAAUAAAUUUAAUCAUAAUGAGACACAUCGAACCAAUCAAUCUAAAUAUCAGCCUAUCGAUAAGAGCGGUUAUGGAAAUGAAAAUGCACUUUUGGAACAAAUUCAACGACGCCAACAGCUACAAAAAGAAGAGAUUUUAAAAGCGGUCCUUUUACAACAAAACGAAACUGAGAAUUUAGUAAAUAAACUACAUCAACAAAAAGACAACGAACGCAAUGAACUAAUAAAAGACAUAUUAAAUGCUGAAGAAAAUGCAAAUUUAGUAAUAGAUAAUUUCCUAGCCGCAAAAAACAAAGCUGAUAGCCAACUGGUUGAGAAAGAGCUCAUCGAAGAGCAACGACUUCUUGAAAACCUUCAUCUUGAACAUUCCGAACUUCGUAAACAAGAAAUUCUUUCAACUAUGAUGGAAACCCUACGCGAAGAAGAGACUAAAAUUCAAUCUUAUCAAAAUGAACGCGAUGUUACAUCUUUGAAUAUCUUAGAGCAAGAGAACGCUACCUCUGCUCAAUUGAAUGCAUUUUAUCGUAAUUAUGAAAAGAAUCGCUAUGAUAUUGUAAAUAGAAUCUGUGAAGAUGAAGAACUUCAAAAACAAGCAGUAGUUGCCCUGAUGGCACAAAACGAUGCUCGAUCAUGGGGUCUUGUUGAACAGCUGCGUAUAGUUGAGGUUCAGUUGGCCAGUAUGACUCAAUUUGAAAUUGAACGUAAGAAAUAUUUCAACUCUGAGCAAAUUAAUGAAUUGGCCGAUAAAAGAAUGCGUCUUACAUACAUUCUAACUGAUCUUCUUGACCAACAAGAAUCACGACGUGCUAAACUUUGUGACACCCUUAAAUCAAUGGAAGCCCAAAAGUCCAAUGAACAACAAGACUAUUGGUUAUUGCAGUAUCAGAGAUUAUUAGAUUCGCGUCCAAUUGAGUUCACAUCGAAAACGGCUAAUAUUGAUCCGCUUUUGGGUUAUAAUUUCCUCGUGAAUGGAGUUAUUCAUUGUUUGCCAUUUUUGCAGAAAUUACUGCUUAACUAUGAUGUAUUCUUAGAAAAAAUCUCCGAUGAAGAUCUAAGAGAAGCUGGAAUUCGAGAUGAUCGAGAACGUCGAUUGAUUUUACAAUCGAUUGAAGAAUAUAUUCGUGAGAGCUAUGUUGCCGGAUGUAGUGGUGAUCGUGAAGCCUCCGCACCGCCUGCUGAGGAAGCAGAAGAAGCAGUUGGAGUUGAUGAUUUGCCAUCGACUUCGAAAGCCAAGGUUCGUGAACAUUCUACGGAAUCUGAUGCAAUGGCAAAUGCAUCGGAAUGUGUCAUUUGCAUGGAGGAAUAUGUACGUGUUAUAUUCCUUCCAUGUGGCCAUAUGUGCUGUUGCCUUAAUUGUCAGCUUAAAGUUGAUAUCUGUCCCAUGUGUCGGGCUGAAAUCGAGCGCAAAGUCAAAGUCGUUCAACCAUAGUCAUUCUUUAUAUUUAUCUGAUAAACAAAUUAAUGGGUUUCUUCCUCUAUUCAACAAGUCUUAGCAUUUCUUUAUUAUUUUACUUUUUACUAUUAUUCUAUAAAUGAUAAAGCAUUUUCCUUGCUGACACAAUUUAUCGUUAACAUAAAAAACGCAUAGGAACAAAAACGUAAAUAAUUCAAUUUCUUAUACAUAACUUGGGUCAGAUAAAUAAAAAUAGAUUUUAUUUUGGGAAUAUUAUUUUUUACCAUGGGCAUAUAAGAACAAAAAUAAAAAAAAAAUUUUUUUAAUU